CAAACUUCGCUAGCGAGUGCAGCGAGCGGAAACGCAAACGAAACGAACCGACUUCAGAAUCCCCGAAGUCCGAAUAAAAUCCAAAGAAUCAAAACUUAUAGUUUUAAAAUAACAUGAAUGUCUUUUGACAUCGAUUUACACGGUUAUACUAUGAUUUGUGUUCGUAUUUAUAUAAAGAAGUGCCUUAUUGUAUGACAAACGGUGUAUCGAUAAACGACAAGUACUUUGUGAUGAAAGUAAAAAAGAUUCAAUAACAACAUGUGUGUAGUAGUGUUAACACUGGCAUUAUUGUGUAGUGCGCAUCAAGUGCACUCGGAAGUCGGGGAGACGGAUCUCAAUGAACUAUCGGACAAGCAGAAUGGGGUUAAGAUAAAUAAAUGCUGCGAACACAACGAGAUCGUGGUGGACGGGGUCUGCAGACUAGCCGAACAGUACAACCAGAGUUUGUGGACGCCACAAUUUAAGACUGAAGAUGGCAAUGAUGCCAAAGUAAAAUACUUUAACUAUGUCUAUGGUGUGCCGGACUGUGCCACCACACAACAGAGAGCUAUAUUUGAUAUAGAAAAAUCUGAGGAUAAGCUUAAUUUAUUAACAGAUGGCCGUUUACGUCACAUAAUCAAUCAUCAACCCAGCUCAGACGUGAAAGAGGAACCAGUGAUGAGCACAUUUAGUUUGCAUGACAGUAUAUCAAUACCAGAGGAGAAAGAACCUUCAUCGUACAUACACAACCAAGCUAAAUACUGCAUGGAUAAGAUAUUAGUAACACAAAAAGACUCGCAAACAAAAAAAGCAGCUAACAUAACAGGCUCCUAUGCAUUAGUGUGUGUACCCGAGGUCAAAAUAAAUUGGAAAGAUGUCAGUUUCCUUAUGAAGAAGAUCCUGAACCCUGUGUUCCAUGCUAUUGCCAUGAUCCUGUUCUUACUGGUGGCAGUUAUAUACUUUGUACUACCUACACUCCGAGAUUUAGCCGGGAACAUUAUUACGACUAUCAACAUGUGUUUGAUAGUCAGUCAGGCAGCGGACUUGGUGAGAAUAUUCACCGAGUUUAGUAAUCAUGUCAGCUUUAUGGUUACUGAUAUCAUCCUGUACAUCAGUCUACUGGCAGCUUUCUUCUGGUUGAACAGUUUCGGAUUUUAUGUUUGGAAGACUUUCAAAUCGCGUAACGUGUUCCUGCGCGUGACAGAUGUGCGCAAAUACUGCUAUUAUUCAAGCGUGGUGUGGUUCAGCGUUCUCAUCAUGGCCGGCAUGGCAAUAUGCGCGCAUUUCCUACUCGACACCGGCACUAAUCCUAACAGAAAGACGAGGAUACAGUUCUCAUCGUCAAUCAUAGUUGACGAUGUGGAACAGGAAACUAUUGGAUUACUUGGUAUCGCGAUAUUCUUCACCCCAGUUGCCUUCACGAUAAUUUUCAAUGUAUUCUUUUAUGUGACCACAUUGAAAAUAAUAAAAAGGAUAAACAUUUAUGGCAGGAUUCACCAUAAACUCAAAGGAUGCUUUAAUUUAUUCCUACAACUGUUCCUCAUUAUGACGACAGCAUGGCUGUUUCUACUACUGUCCUGGCUCAACAUUGAUGAAUUACUAUACGCACACAUUUUUGUGAAUCUCCUUCAGGCAAUUUUAAUAUUCUAUGUGUGCAUAGUACGACAGUCACACGUAACGUUUUUGUUGCGCAAGAGUUGUUGUUAUGCAGAACCCGUGCCUACUGGGGAGUGGGGCGACGAGAUGACUCACAUGAAUGGAGGGAAUUACUGACAUAUCAACGAAUAUUAAUUAGAAUCUCAUGUUUAUAAAUAGUUGUUUAGCCGAUACACACUAGCUUCCACACAAGUAGAGGCACAGAUGUAGUAUGAAUGUGGCAUAUUUAAAUGUGUUGUACUGUGAUGAAAAUGAAGUUAUACACUAGUUAGCCAUGAAUAGUUGUAAUAAUAACAUUUAUUGUUAAAUAUUAUACUCAAAGUUUCACAGUUACAUGAUCUGUGUACAAAAGCGCGUGCCUUGUAAAUUGUGCCUCAUAUCAUUAUAAAUUAGAAACAUCAACUUAGUACAUAAGAUUUCUCUCUUAUUCUUCUAAGUUAUCCGAUGUCCGAAUUUUAUAAGUUUGCCUAACUGUGAUGUAUUAAUAUGUAUGGAAACUGAGUGUCUUAUAAACUGUAAGCAUUUAUUAUUGUAAUUGGAGUAGUAAAUUAAUCAGUUUUACUAACCAUAUAAUGGGAUUCAAAGAUGUGAAAGAAGUGGAUAUGGUAACCCGAUGGUGUGGCGCUACAUGUGAUCAGCUAUGAUUACAUGUUAUAUGGAAUUGGCUAAAUUAAAAAAGACAAAGAGCUGUUGUAAAUAUGUCUGUAAUUGUUUAUAUAGGUCGAAACUAGUGCUAAAUGUCCAGUGACAAAAAUAUUCAUGACAGAACCAUAUCAAGGUGUAAAAGUCUAGGAUCUCUCGUCUAAUAAUUGAUUGCUCACAAAAGAUACUUAAAUUGAUUUUAGGAUUUAACAAAAAUGACUACAUUUUAAAAGUUACUAACAACUGACAUUAUUUUUAACAUGGUAUUAUUCUACGGAUGUCCAAAAGAUUGAUGUACAAAAGAAAUGAAUGUAUGUAAUAAAAAGUUAUGAGGCUUACAAUAUUUUACUAUUUAUAUAUGUCUAUGUAUAUUUUAACAGUCUAAUAUCCGUCCUUUUUCAAUGUUUAGCAGCUGUAGUUGGUAUGAAUUUAUGUAAGUAUAUCAUAUAAAUAUAUACAUUGCUCUCUUGCACUAACAAAUAUAAGAAUAAGUAUAAUUUUAUAUGUUCCAUUUAUGUCUACUUUAGACUUUUAAUGUCAAACUGUAUACUGACGAAACGCAUUUAUAAUCAUUUUGGAUUUACGUUAUUAAACACAGCUAAUAUAGUUAAA